CGGUGUCAUGUCUGCCUGCAGCUGGAGCCGCAUGGCUGUCUGCUGAUGCUGAUGUUGUUUCACACUCCUGCCGUUUUCAGUGAGGAAAUUUUAGUAAAACAAGACGUCGAGAGAUGGCAGAAGUUGUACAAGAGAAAAGUCGAGGCUUGAAGUUUGCAGAGCAGCAGCUCCUUCGUCAUGGCUGGGAACAUGGUAAAGGACUUGGGCGAGCUGAAAAUGGCAUAUCGGAGGCAAUCAAGGUCAAAGUGAAAUGUGACAAAGGAGGAGUUGGUCAUAAGGAAGGGGAGCAGUUCACCUUCCACUGGUGGGAUCAUGUCUUCAAUAAGGCCUCUUCCAGUCUGCAGGUAGAGUCUGAUCAGAAUGGUAUUAAGUUGAAGAAGACGGUGGAGGAUGAUGAAGAGGAUGGGAUGAUCUCCAAUAAAAAACCACGAAAAUCUACGCUGGCUAAAGCCAAACUUUAUGGAUGCUUUGUGAAGUCUGCCACACUGCUGUCUGGUCAGGAGCAAUCACAGCCCAAGUCCUCUGACUCACCUGACAGCAGCAGCAGCAGCUCAGAUGAGGAGGACGACCAGAAACUGGAUCUCUCCAGCAACACCAAGCUUUCUGAUGCGGAUCUAAUGAAGGCUUGUGGAGGACGCACGGCUCACAAAGGAGCCAGGCAUGGCUUGACCAUGAGUGCUAAGUUAGCCAGGCUAGAGCAGCAGGAGGCUGAGUUCAUGGCCAAGUACAGCAAGAAAAGUCAACCAGAAAGUGCUGCACCAGUUUGUGUCACACCGACUUCCCAGUUAGAGAAGCUGGACAAAACGAUGGAGGACUGCAGCAGAAAAAAGAUGAAAAAGAAGAGAUCUGCUGAGAGAAUUGAUGAGCUAAAUGGUGAUAAAGUGUCUGAAAGUCCUGAAACUGAUGUUCAAUCCAAAAAGAAGAAGAAAAAAAAGAAAAAGAAAUCUGAGGUAACUGUUGAUGUUUCCACUGAGGGAGAUUUGAACGGUACAGAAAACGGGGAAGUGGGUGACUCUCAUAAAACAAAGAGGAAACACAAGAAGAAGAAAGACAACACAGAGCAGAAUGGAGACGAAACUGCCGAGCUGCACAUUGACACUAAAGUCAAGAAGAAGAAGAAAUCAUCCAAACACCACAGUGAACCUAAGGAGGAAGAAGAGAGCAACAAUAAGGAUUCCAGCUGGUCGGAGGAUGUAGUACUGGAGGAGUCAGCAGUGAAGCAGAAAAGGAAAAAGUGCAAAAAGGACAAAUCAGUUAUGGACAACAAUGUCGAUGAACAGGUGCCUCCACCAAAGAAGAAGACAAAAAAGUCCAAGGAUUAGCAUGAACAAGCUGCUACACAUUGACUUAUCUUGAUUUAUCUCAGCUGAUUGAGGAACUCAUUACAAGCUCACGUCAGCUCUUUGUUGAACAUUGUUGCUCUGAUUUUGCCUGUAAACGAAUUUUAGAUGUUUUUUUAACUGAACAGCAUUUUUGAACUAGGAAUUUACACCAGUAACGAGAUAAUCCAGAGCCAUCCAGAAGUUGUGCCUCUUCAAGUUGUGGUGAAAAUCAGAGACUGCAUAUAUGAAAAACAAAAAGUCACAUGACAUAAGCUGCUUCAGUGGCUGUUGCCUUACCUGGUCUGCUCUAACAGCGUACACUAUCAGCCACUGAACCACGAUGAUGCUGUCUUAACUCCUUUCAGGAUGCCUUUAAAGCAACAGCUCUGCCCGGUCGGCAUUAAGCGUCAUAGGAGACUUUCUCAUGGUGGGACUUUACCAGCUAAACCUCCAUAAUGCUCCCUGCUUGCCAAUAGUUUGAGUGGUCGUUCCUUUGCAUUGCUGUAAAAGUCAAAUAUUCAGAGGCAGGGUAAGAGACUAUUUGUUUUCUGUCAUGUCGUUCGUCUUCUGCUAUAUUGGAAAAUAUAUUCUUGUCAUUUAAAUUAUUGACAACAAUUAAUUGAAUAACUGAAUAUCAACGUCCUUACUGAAGACGAAACAGUAGACCUCUACAUUGACAGUCCGACUCUGGGAGAUGAAUUCAAAGUGCACAACCAUUGAAGAUGGUCACUGGUGAACUGCUGUUUCUUGUCUUAGUGGUAGCUGCAGACCCACCACUUAUCACCAGAGAUAAUCAUCCAGCUGCUGACUGUCAUGCUUGCUCUCCGUGACAGUUCACAAAUUGUGCAUGAGCACCAACCUGCUGCCUCAAAAACAUCUGAAGCACCUGUCCGGAUGUCAUCGUGCAAUGCAACGCAGUGUUCUCACCUUUACUGCUCGCACGUGUUGCACGUGUUACCAUGAUGUGCAGAUACAACAGUGUUGGGACUUUUUGAUUGCACCAUGUAUUCAUUUUUAAAACCAGUAACCACAGACUGACAUCCAGCAGUUGUGCCACUUCAGCCUUACAAGCCAGCUGUUGGUGACUUUUUGAGUUGCCUGUGUUGCAAACUUUAUAUGAAACGUCAUGUAAUUUACAGGGCAGCUGAUAUGAAAUGUAAAGAACUUUAAACCCUUUUUGAGAAAACCGACAACGGCACUGUGAUUUUACAAUGUAGAUGCAACACACAGGUUUGUUGUACACAGGCUAAACUGGUGCAAAUAAAAUGACAUCAAAAUGCA